CAUUUCCAAUGAAACCAGGCGCUUCUACGUUUACGUAAGCAACCGGGUGCUACGUAUUCGAAGGUCUUCACAUUCAAGUCAGUGGCACUACGUCUCAACAGAACAAAAUCCUGCUGAUCAUGCAACACGUUCUGUCCCUGCAGGCCAACUGAGUGCUACUAAUUGGUUCAGAGGACCCAAAUACUUGUGCGCAACAAAAAAUAACAUCGCAGAGAUCCACUAUGAUCUUGUAGACCCGAGUUCUGACCCAGAUGUACGUCCUCUGGUGUCCACUUUGAGUACCACAGCAACAGUCAAGCUGCUUGGCUCACAACGAUUCUCGAGGUUCUCGUCUUGGAGGUCACUGAUUCGAGCUAUUACUCGACUUAUACAUAUAGCUCGUCUUUUCAACACAACUUUCAGAGGCAACAAAUUGUGUCAAGGUUGGCAUUACUGCAAAUCAGAAUGCACGGUGGAAGAAGCUACACAAGCAGUGCACGUGAUUAUUCAGACGGUGCAGCAUGAAACCUACAGCCAAGAGAUCCAGUGCAUCCAAAAACGUGAGAAAAUUCCUAAGAGCAGUCCUCUCAAAAACCUGGAUCCAUUCCUUGACAAGCACAACCUUCUGAGAGUUGGUGGCCGCCUCCACAACGCAAACCUCGAUCAAGUUGAAAAGACUCCCUUGAUUGUUCCCGGUAAGCAUCAUGUUGCCGCCUUACUUGUAAAACAUUACCAUGAACAAACUCAACACCAAGGCCGACUGUUUACGGAGGGAGCUGUCCGUACAGCAGGGUUUUGGAUAGUUGGUGGCAAGAGAAAGGUGAGCAGCAUCAUUUACCAGUGUGUGACCUGUCGAAGACUCAGAGCUCCUCUCACUUUCAAAAAAUGGCCAAUCUACCUGCGGAUCGCCUCUCGACAGAUCCUCCCUUCACAAAUGUUGGAUUGGAUGUCUUCGGCCCUUGGAAUGUCUGUUCCUGUCGAACAAGAGGUCUUUCACACAGCAAACGGUGGGCUGUCCUUUUUACAUGUAUGAGUGUCAGGGCAGUUCAUAUUGAGAUCAUAGAAUCUCUUGACACGUCCAGCUUUAUCAAUGCGUUAAGGCGCUUCCUUGCGGUUCGCGGUCCUGUGAAACACAUUCGUUCAGACCGCGGCACCAAUUUUGUCGGUGCUUGCAAAGACUUGAAGAUACCAUCAAACAUUGAUGGCACAACACUGAAAAACUACCUAUCAAACCAGGGUUGUUCUUGGAGCUUCAACCCUCCACAUGCAUCUCAUUUCGGCGGAGCAUGGGAACGGAUGAUAGGACUUGCAAGAAGGAUUUUGGACUCAAUGUUCCUGCGCUUGAAAGACAAACUUACCCACGAAGUGUUGGUUACAUUCAUGGCAGAAGUAGCAGCAAUCAUCAACAACAGACCUCUUGUUCCUGUGACAAGUGACUCUGAUGAUCCAUUCAUGCUUACCCCAGCUACACUUCUGACACAAAAGGUGAACCCUCUUCCAGCACCUCCUGGUGAGUUUGGAGCUUCAGAUCUCUACAAGUGCCAGUGGCGACAAGUCCAACACCUGUCAAACACAUUCUGGAACAGGUGGCGGAAACAAUUCCUCCCAACACUGCAACCACGCAAAAAAUGGCAGACCGUUCAUCAGGUCAUCAAGCCAGGGAGUGUUGUUCUUCUCAAAGACAGUCAAACAGCAAGAAAUGAAUGGCCGCUUGGACUAAUAACAAAGACUUUCCCGAGUCAGGAUGGAAAAGUACGUCAAGCCGAGGUCAAGGUCAUCAAACCAGGAGGAUCAACACUUUUCCUCAGGCCUGUCACGGAGAUCGUGCUUCUUGUUCCUUCAGAUGCAUAGCUAGAAUAUGUUAGUAUUAAGUGGCAUGUAAUCACGCCAGGCGGGGAGUGUGCCGUUACCACUGUUAAAAAUGUUAAAAUGACUUUUACUUUACAUGUGAAUUGUCAUUGUUUUGUAUUGUGUUACUGUCACUUUAAAUGAAGACAGGUUGUAGUACCAGACAUGGCCUCUGACUUGCCAUGUGACCACAAAGUCAGGAAGUUAAGUGUCACGUGACCACAAAAGUCAGGAAGUAUAACAAGCAUGGCAGCAGGACUUGUUAUUGUCUCCUCUGUCAAUCUAGUUGAAUCUGCAACCAUCUUAUGCUUUUGAUAGCAUCGUCGAAAGAUGUGCAACCACAGCUCAAUCAAGUUAGUGGCCCACUUCAAAUAGAUGUGAAGAGAAAAAGAAGUGCAUGAUGUCAGCCUCCGUCAUCGUUCUGAGGACGGGGAGUCUGCCUCCACCAAAGAAGAAGAGUUGCCAUACACAAAAGAGGAGGAAGAGUCCGUACCCAUUCAAGAUGUCAGCCUCCCUCAUCGUCCUGAGCACCAGGAGUCUGCAUCCAUCAACAAAGAAGAGUUGCCAUACAUAAAAGAGGAGGAAGAGUCCGUACCCAUUCAAGGUCAUCGCAAGCAGCUUCAGAUGAGGCAAAUCAAAAGAUUUCCUUCUAUGUAAACGAUUUGCGGUCAUGGUCUCGCAGAUGUCAGCCAAUCUCAUCAUCCUGAGCACCGGGAGUCUGCAUGGAUCAAAGAGGAGGAGGAAGAUUUCGUACCCGUUGAAGAUAUCAGCCAAGCUCAUCGUCCGGAGCACCAGGAGUCAUCAUAUAUCAUGGAGUGGGAAGAGUUCGUACAGAUUCAAGACACUCGACCUGAUGUUAGCAUUAAUGCUAACAGUAGCCAGGCAGUUGACCAGACUCCGCAAUCUGCUCGUCCGUUCACCAUCGCAGCCAGAGGAAAGAUGUCGGCGCAACAAAUUGAAGAGUGUCACAGAAAGGUUACAGCAUAUUUUGUGAAAAGGCUGCAUCCCUUUUCAGAUGUGGAGUCACCAACCUUUAGGGACAUGAUGAAAGCUAUCAACCCAAAGUACACACCUCCCACCAGGGACGACUUGGCGAAUAAAUUAAUCCCAUCUUGGUAUGAAGUCGAGAAGGCCAAAGUGAUUACAGAGCUCGGUGACGCUGGUUCUGUUGCGCUCACAUGUGAUGGCUGGAGUAGCAAUGCACGGGACCACUACCUUACCAUCACAGCACAUUAUAUAGUGGAGGGUAAAAUGCAGCAAAAAGUGUUAAAAACAAAAGCUGUGUACAAAGCUCAGACAGGUUGUGUUGUGGCAGAGGAAAUGGGGGACAUUCUGUCAGAGUUUGGCAUUUCUGACAAAAUUGUCGCAACCACUGUUGACAAAGCUGCCAAUAUGGAUAAGCGGCUGCAUGUUUUGAAACUGUGCUGCUUCGCCCACACACUCAAUCUAGCAGCACAAAGUUUGUACUCCCUGAAUGCAGUGACUCAGUGGGUGGCCAAGAUCCGAACCAUUGUUGUGUGGAUGAAGAGGUGCUCGAUGGCCAAAGUGGUUCUCCGGGAAAAACAGCAACUUCUAAAAAUGCCCCAACACUCACUCAUACUUGAUGUAAGAACGCGAUGGAAUUCUCUGUAUCUAAUGCUGGAGCGAUUUACGGAGCAGUACCCUGCAAUCCAAGCAGCCAGCUUGGAUCAACGGUUGAGAAAGAAUAUGGAAAGGGACUGGCUUGCUCGGCUGAAUGAGGAAGACUUCCGACAAGCGGAGGAUUUCAUCAAUGUCAUGAAGGUUCUGUACACAUCAACGGUAUGCGUGUCUUCUGAGAAGAGCCCCACAUGUGGACAGAUUCUGCCCAUUCUCCACAAGCUGGAAGCACACCUGAGUGUGAAAGAAGGAGACACAGUGUUUAUAUCAAACCUUAAAAAACAGGUGUGGGCAAACCUGGUCAAGCGCUACCAGGACAAUGACAUCAGGACAUUUCUGCAAGUGGCCACUGCAUUAGAUCCAAGAUUCAAACAUAAGGUGGAUGACGUUGUCUGGGCUGAAAUCCUUAGAAAGCUGAAGCUGAUGGAUGAGCAGUCAACAGCAGAAGAUUGUGCAGAUGACGUCGCCAUGGAGGGAAGGCCUGACACUAUUGAAGUGGAAAAGAAGGAGGAGGAAAGUCAACCACCUGCGUGCAAAAUAUCCAGAAAGACCCCAAUGGAGGAGCUUUUCGCAGAGGAAGAGGCAGAGAGCAAACUUUUACAGCAGAGCUCUAUGUCCAUCAAAAAACGGGCGGACAUUGAGCUAAAUAUGUACCAGGAAAUGCCACCAGCUGUUUUGUCUCAGGACCCUGCUGCAUGGUGGUGGAACGAAAGACAGACAUUUCCUCUAAUGUCAGAUCUUGCCUUCUCGUAUUUAUGCGUUCAGGCUUCGUCUACACCUAGUGAACGUGUGUUCUCCACUGCAGGAGACACUAUUUGUCCGGAACGCUCAUGGUUACUGCCUGAGAAGGCCGAUAUGCUAAUUUUCCUGAACAAGAACUGUUUCUGAUUUUUUUUUUUUCUGUACCCGCUACUCUCCACCAGGUUACCCCAUUAGCGUAUAGUAUAAUGUAGAAUUUGUUUUGUGUAUAUAAUGUGUUGUC